ACUCUAAAUAGUUUGGCGAUGCAACAGAUUGUUCCUGCAACAGAUUACACAACACAGAACAACAAAAAAAUGGUGUUAACUUCAAUUUCAACAAUUUCUCCUUCUUCUCCAUCUACAUUCUUCUCUAAUUCUCCUACAACUUCAAAUUCCAAUUCUACCCUUUUCAGAAACAGACCUUUUCCUUCUUUUCUUGUUGGAUUUCCAAAACAAUCCUUUUCAAAUGCAACCUUCAAACUCAAAUCUUCUUCAUCUUUUUCAGCUAUUUCCACUCAACAAGAAAAAGGGUCAAUUGAACAGUUUCUACAGUUCAAGGAAGGAAUUGAUGGUGCUACUGAUUUGUGGCAAACUUCUAUUGUUAGUUAUAAGAACAAAUUCCCUUCGUCCUUUCAGGUUGAUUUGGUUUCAGUAGUUCACUUGGCUGAUGAAGAGUAUUUUCUGGCCCUCAAAAAGAAGCUUGAAUCCUAUGAUUGUGUCCUUUAUGAAAUGAUAGCUAGCAAGGAAACUUUAGAGAAUAUGAGAAAAGGAUCAGAAUCAUCAGAUGAUAGUGGUUUUGAUUUUGACAUUUUAAAAUUCAUCUCCAGACAGAUGAUUCAAAUUCUCGGGUUUGGUUACCAAUUAGAUUGUCUAAAUUACCAGUCUGAAAAUUGGCAACAUGCAGAUCUUGAUGAAGAGACCUACAAAUUACUUAAGAAAACAAAAGGUGGAAACUCAAAUUUUAUCAAUCCUAAAUUUAUUGUUGCGAUGUUGCAGUCUUCCAUUCCGGAAGAUCUUGAUACAUGGAGAUCCAAGCUUUUAUGGGCUUCACUUGUAGUUCCUAUGCCGCUUGUUGGCAUUCUUAUCAUCAAUCGGGUUUUUGGAGUUUAUCCUGAAAGUGAGGCAUUGUCGAGGUUUGAUUUUAAUGCUGCCUCGAAGGCAUUCGUUGCGAAGGUACUGACAUUUGUCUCGUCACAAGAUACGGCAGUGGUAGAUGAGAAAUCUCUUGAUAUUGGUGAGAGAAAUCGAGUUGCAAUCGAGAGGCUCAGAAGUGCAAUGGAUAAGGGACACAAUAAGAUUGCCAUACUUUACGGCAGUUACCACAUGCCGGAUCUCGGGAGGAGAUUGAGGGAAGAGUUCGAUUUAAUCCCGUCUGGCGUGGAGUGGUUAACAGCUUGGUUCAUAAGUCAAAGGAAAGCCAAAAAUCUGACAAUAAUGGCGUUGCUUAUCAUUUCACCGGUCUUGUUGUUGGAUUUGUGUUGGUGGAAGCUAUUCAUUCGCAUCGCGGUGAAUUGUGGCUCAAAAGUUCUUCGGUAUGUCGGUAAUUAUAAGAUGAUUUGAUCAUUGGAUUUGAAAAAAUUCAUACUAAUUACUAAUUAGGAUUAAAACAAAAAAAACUUGUAUGUUGGUGUAAAAAUGAAAAUUUUAUCAAACAAUUGUAAUAUUCUAGCUAUUCCCAUUUCUCAAGUGUUCUAUCUAUGGAACUAAUACCAUGCUGCACAAAGAAUGGAAGAAAAAGGCACUAAAUUAUAUUUUGACUAUUUUUUUUUU